AUGCAAUAUCUUGUGCCCUACCUCGACGGCAGUGCGAAGCAGCUGGUAAGUUCGUUCCCGAUUUCCGACGCGAACUACCAGGAUGCGUGGGAGGCGCUCACGAACCACUACGAUAAGAAAAAAUAUACUCUUAUUCGUGAGUUCAUGGACCAGCCGGCGGUGUCCACCGCCACAUCCGGAAGUCUACGCAAGCUCGUCACUACUUCUGAUGAGGUGGUGCGACAAUUGAACGCGCUUGGUGAGGAUUAUGGCACACGGGAUCCGUGGCUUAUCUACUUCCUACUGGAAAAGCUGGAUAAGGAAAGCCGAUCAAUGUGGGCGCAGCAAAUCAUCGAAGAAAAGAACCCUUCCUUUGACGAUUUCAUCAAGUUCCUGGACAACCGAUGCGAUGCGCUGGAAACUUGCACAGCGUUUACGAAGAAGAUAACAACGGAAGCAGUCAAGAAGGAGCCGUCGAAGAAACUAGCAAGUGAGAAGAGGAUGCAGUCGCUGCACACAGCUGCACGGCAUCACACACUGCUAUGUGAACUGAAAAGUGAAGAUGGAAAAAAGAAACCAGUGGAAAACAGUGAUUCAGACCAGCAACAAGCGGGUGAAGCGGCCAUAACCUCAAUGGUGGCGCAGGUACCGCUGGAGCCACAGCAGAAGUCGGUCGUGCUACCUACUGCUGUCAUCCGUGAACAGGGAUUCGACGGCGGUCUUCUGCAAGUGCGUGCUCUGAUCGACUCGGACUCUGAAGCAUCAUUGAUCUCGGAAGUCUGCGUCAAGAAGCUCGGUCUGUCUUGCUCCAACGGAAAGGUAACGGCAGCCGGAACAACGCGUGGCCUUGUAAAGCUGGUGAUGGCUAACCGGUUUAUCGACGUGUGUGUUUUGCAGACAAGUGCCUACGUUCUGGGGAAGCUCACCUCGACGCUUCCUACACAGCACUGCAGGGUUCAUUCAAGCCUCCUGGAUAAGCAGCUAAAGGAGAACCUCGCUGAUCCGGCAUACUAUCAGCCGGGUCCGAUCGAUAUCAUUUUGGGAUCUGAUGUCUUUCUUGCUCUCCUCAAGCCAGGGCAAGUCAAAAACAACGGUGGUGUUCCUGUGGCACAGAACACGAUCUUCGGGUGGAUUGUGUCCGGGAAUCAAGCCAUCUACUCAUCGAGUCUUCGAAGCAACGUCUCGAUCGUCAAUCUUCACACAGAGCUGGACCUCAACCGCACCUUGCGGAUGUUUUGGGAGCAGGAGGAGGUUCCGAAGCCACAACAGCUUACUCCUUCUGCACAAGCAGCCACCGAGCUCUUUAGGUCUACUCUUACACGGGAUGAAAAUGGGCGCUUCAUCGUGCGACUGCUGUUCGAUGAUUCGAAGCCAGCGCUGGGUGAGUCCCUCACUUCGGCCACUAAGCGAUUGCGAUCGAUGAAAAGACGUUUCCGACAGGAUGAGGAAUUCCAUUCGCUGUACUCGGAGUUCCUCAGCGAAUACCUGGCGCAGGGGCACAUGGAAGAGGUGCCACCAGACGAACUGGAAGUAGAGACUAGCAAGUGUUUCUACCUUCCCCACCAUGCCGUCGUCAAGGCCGAAAGCACGACGACUAAGUUGCGGGUGGUCUUCGACGCCUCGUGCGCGUCGUCGACUGCGGACGUAGAGAAAAUGUAUCGCCAGGACUACCUGAGGAUCGUGUUUCGUGAAUCGGAGGAUCAACCAAUCAAACAUUAUCGGUUGUGCACCGUGACUUACGAAACCAAGUGCGCUCCGUACUUAGCGCUCGAAGCCAUGAAGCAAGUAGCCCGCGAGUACAAUCAAGUGUAUCCCGAAGCCGUGCAGAGGAUUGAGCUCGACACCUACGUCGACGAUUUUCUGUUUGGCGCGCAGACCACCGUUCAGCAAGCGAGGAAAUUCAAGGAGCAAGUUGUGGAGAUUUUGGAGUCCGCUGGUUUCCACCUGCGGAAAUGGACCACUAACUGUUCGGAACUACUCCAGGAAGCACCUGAGGACGAUCAAGCGCCGGUCGAUGUGAAACUAGCAGAGCAACUAGACGCAGUCAAGGCACUCGGCAUUCAGUGGUUACCCAAGGAGGACACAUUUUCAUUCAAGGUCAGCUUGAACCCGAACAGCGUGAACACCAAACGGCAGCUUCUUUCUGAUUCCUGCAAGCUAUUCGAUCCGUUCGGAUGGCUCUCACCUGUAACCGUCAGAGUCAAGAUUUUGUUCCAGCAACUUUGGCUUACUGAUCUCGCGUGGGACGAUUGGCUGCCUCCAGCAGUCGAACCAGCGUGA